AUGUUUUUCAAUACCAGUGUUGGUCCAUACUAUGCGCCAUUGUUCAAUUCUGGCUUCACCCCACUUGCUGAGCAAAAGAGAAUCAACAAGAAGGCACACCGAGAUCCAAAGGAAUUGAAAGUCGUCGAAGGUGUUGAAAAGGAACACGCAUCUCAUUCCACACAAGCCCAGAUCAAGGUUAAGCUAGAAUUUGAUCUGGAAACUGUUGCUCGUCAAACAAUCAACCUUGACUCACUGGUCAAAUACUGUGUGUUGGUUAGUGGGCAAGUCGGUGAUGUCACAGGUAGGGCGUUAGAUUUUGGAAAAGGUAGAACCUUUGACUCACAAGGUGUCAUUGCUGCCAACAAGGAAAUCUUCUCCAGCGUCAUAGAGGCAGUCAAGGCUGGAAUUAAUUAG